AGUCAAAGCCGGAGGUUUUUAUAGCAUUUUCUAAAAAGACAGUAUUGUUCUACAAGCACGUAACAGGGGUUUUUUUCCAAGGACGCAUAAAUCUUCGGUUGGCGCCACAUCCCGGGGGUUUCACGAGAUAAGAACACUGUCAGCCAUACAGUGUUUCAGCAAGAUAAGCUUGAGAAUUAGAGAAAACCUAAUUCUUCAAGAAUUAGGAAAACCCUCCAAACCCAGAAGAGCUGGAAGAUGUUCAAGUGAAGGAGUGAAAACGGAUGCCCUCGCUGCCGCGUCCUGGCUGAGCUGUACUUCACACCAAACUCCCUAGGAAACCCAUUGGUGGUGUUUCUGGAUGAGCCAUCCAUGGAGAUGGACCCCACAGGGCAGCAGCAGAUAUUUGGAGGUUCAUAUUAAGUAUCAGAGUCAAUACUACAGGCAAUUCAGACCAUUGUUAAAAACACGGAGAGGGGCGCCCUCCUGGCCACAUUACACGGCAGAGGCUGAGACCCUCCUGGUGUCUGGGAGGCUGAGGUGGGUGCCUGCUGAGAGCCAGCACUUGGUCCCCAAGAGAGAUUUUCGCUGAUGCUCUCCAGCAACUUGAUUUAUGAUCAAACACCUUUCUCUGCAUUUCAGUUAAGGAAGAAAUUAAGAGACAAGUAUUUUUUUCUUUCAACUCUUUUGUUCUCUUCCCUGAGCUUGGUGUAUUGGUUCCAUUCAACAUCUGAAAAACAAGUCUGGUAAAGAUUAUCUUCUAGAAGUGAAAAGGAAGGAAGCCUCUCAGGGGGGACUCUCCACGCAGAUUGUGAAGCUCUUUCCACAGGCUGCUGAGCGGGAAAGGUAUUGCUCCAUGAUGCCAUACAAAUUACCUAUGGAAGAUGUUCACCCUCUAUCUCAGGCCUUUUUCAAUUGAAAGGCAGGUCAGCUUAGACAUAUUUAAGACUUUAUGUAUUGCAUAUUUUUACGUGGAGUGCAUAUUAUGUAAUUUCAAGUAGGAGAAUUAUAUAGUCAAUCGAACCUUGGGAAACCUCUGCUGAAAUUGUCUUUAAAAAAUCCCAAAGGGAAUGGAGGAGUGGUGGCCCUAGACUGAAGUCGAUUCUACAUCUGCUAACAAAGAAAUCGAGCUGCAAAUAAGUCUGAACAUUCUGUGCCAGUUCCGUUGCUUGGUGUCAGAGGAUAGUUAUCGCCAUGUUGUCCCAAAGAACACCAUGUUGAGCUUCCCCAUAUGAAUAUCUCCAUAUUUAUCAAAGUCAGAGGCAUGAGGAGCAAGAAUACGGAGGCCCAAAUGAAGAUCACAACAGGAAGUUACAUGGGAAGAUAACGUGACAAGAUACAUUGUGAUAAAUCAGGACUGGGGAGGGUUUCUGCCCUCGUUCCAGAGGCACUGACUAGAGCUCACACUGGACAUUUAUGAGGCCUUGACAUGCAGAAAUGUGAAAUUCAUUACAAAGAGACCAGCAUAGAGUGUACUCCUCCAUAGAUUUAUAAAUAUCAAAAAGCAAUGCUUGAUUUGGAGUCCAAAACAUACAUAUAUAAACAAUCAAAAGGCAAAAUACUGGAAUAGGACACCGGGAUCUCUUUCAUGAGCUACUCUACUGGUGAUUUAUACACUCAUGUACUGCUAUUUUGAUUAGCCAUGUCAAUAUUCUUGAAUUUAUCCUUCAAGAAAACUUAAGGACUCGGCCUGUGUCUUAAAGUAUCUCAUGGAUUUGAAGUUGCUGUGUUUAUUGCAUAUUUUGAAAACAUUUCUGGUGAAAAAAAUGUAAGCCACGAAUGUCAGACCCUUUAAAUGCAGUGAAAUGGACCUUGGAACUGGAAGAAUGUAACAUCUCUCAGGCUACCUUGGAACAGAAACCAGCCUGGGUACGAACUGUGGGAGUAAGCACCCAUUUAAAGAAUAAAUGAAGAAGUGGCAAUAAAGAAAUUGUCACUGUUGCUUUAGACAAAGAGAACUGUGCUUCUGACAGCAUUUCCAGAGACUUCUCCAGUUUUCUUGACAGUUUUUCUUAUUACACUUAUUUUUCUAGCUUAUACAUGUCUACUAUCUUAUUUGUUUAAUGAACAGGCUAAAUGCAUAUGAAACACAGAAGUGUGUAUCAACAAACUCAAGCACUUCUGUGCAAGAAUUUUCUUAAGAAAUGGAGGAUGAAAAGAGAGAGCUCAUUGGAAUGGGGGUUCCCAAUACUUCUGGGACUCCAUAUAGCACUGUUGGCAUAUUUCCAAGAAAAUGUGCAUUUUCCUGAAAUGCCUCCUCAGGAUCUAGGAAGGGUAGAUAAGUUUAAUACAUCUUCUAUAGCUGUUGUGUAUACGCCGAUCUCUAAUAUAACCCAACAGAUAAUGAAUAAAACAGCAUUUGCUCCUUUUUUGCAAGGAGGAAGAGUCAUUGCAGUACCAGAUCAGACAUACAUGGAUAAAAUACUUCUAGACAAUUUAUUCCAAGUAGUGGGAGUCGUCUUUAAUGAUACCUUCUCUUAUAAGUUAAAAUUUUUUCAGGGAUAUUAUAUGCCAUAUUUGAAUGAAGAUCUUUUCACAGCUCAGUGUUGGGGUACACAUGAUCACUUUUCAUGCUCACUGGCCAAAUACUGGAAUAGAGGAUUUGUGACUUUACAAACUGCAAUCGAUGCUGCCAUUAUACAAAUCAUGACAAAUCACUCAGUCAUGGAGAAGUUGAUGUCAGUUACUGCUACCAAUAUGAAGACAUUACCUUUUAUUUCUGUGGAAAUUCUUCAAAAUGAGUUAUUUAUUUUCUACUGCUUGUUUUACUUCUUCCCAUUUAUAUAUUUUGUAUCACUCAAUGUUAUAAAAGAGAGAAAAAAGAGUAAGGACUUGAUGAAAAUGAUGGGUCUGCAUGAUUUCGCAUUCUGGCUUUCCUGGGGUUUAAUCUAUGCUGUUUUCAUCUUCAUUAUUUCCAUAAUCAUUACAAUUAUCGUAACAUCUACCCAAAUGAUUGUCACGACGGGCUUCAUGGUUCUAUUUACACUCUUUUUCGUAUAUGGCUUGUCUUUGAUAGCAUUAGCUUUCCUCAUCGGUGUGGUGAUACAGAAGACAGUCCUCACCAAUUUGGUUGUAUUUCUUCUCACUCUCUUUUGGGGUGGUGUGGGGUUCACUGUAUAUUAUAAACAACUUCCUUCAGCUCUGGAGUGGAUUUUGAGUAUUUGCAGCCCCUUUGCCUUCACUGCUGGACUGACUAGGAUUAUCCACCUGGAUUAUAAUAUGAAUGGUGUAGAUUUUCCUGAUCCUUCAAGAAACACAUAUGCAAUGAUAGCAACUUUUUCCAUAUUGGCUUUUGAUGCUAUUUUCUAUCUGGUACUGACAUUAUACUUUGACAAAAUCUUACCCUAUGGAAAUGAACGCCGUUAUCCUCCAUUAUUUUUCCUGAAUGCAUCAUCUUGUUUCCAACGCCGAAAGAUUGAUAAUAAGUUCAUGGAGAAGGAAACAGAUCCUGAGCUUCCCCCUGAUGGUUAUUUUGAACCAGUACCUCCAGAAUUCCGAGGAAAAGAAGCCAUCAGAAUCAGAAAUGUUAAAAAAGAAUAUAAAGGAAUGUCUGGAAAAGUGGAAGCAUUGAAAGGCUUGCUGUUUGAUGUAUAUGAAGGUGAAAUCACAGCAAUUCUGGGUCAAAGUGGAGCUGGCAAAUCUUUAUUGCUAAACAUCCUUAAUGGGUUAUGUGUUCCAACAGAAGGAUCAGUUACCAUCUAUAAUAAAAAUAUCUCUGAAAUGCAAGACUUGGAGGAAAUCAGAAAGAUCAUUGGCGUUUGUCCCCAAUCCAAUGUUCAGUUCGAUAUUCUCACUGUGAAGGAAAACCUCAGGCUGUUUGCUAAAAUAAAAGGGAUUCAGCCACAGUCAGUGGAGCAAGAGGUACAAAGAAUUUUAUUGGAAUUGGACAUAGAAAACAUUCAGGAUAACCUUGCUGAACAUUUAAGUGAAGGACAGAAGAGAAUGCUGACCUUUGGGAUUGCCAUUCUGGGAGACCCCCAAGUUUUGCUAUUAGAUGAACCAACUGCUGGACUGGACCCCUUUUCCAGGCAUCGAGUUUGGAGCUUCCUUAAGGAGCGCAAAGCAGACCGUGUGAUCCUCCUGAGUACCAAUUGCUUGGAUGAGGCUGACAUCCUGGCUGACAGAAAAGUGAUCAUGUCCAAUGGGAGACUGAGGUGUGCAGGCUCUUCUGUCUUUCUGAAGAGGAAAUGGGGUCUUGGUUAUCACUUAAGCUUAUACAGAAAUGAAGUAUGUGAUCCAGCAAAAGUAACAUCCUUUAUUAAUCAUCAUAUCCCUGAUGCUGAAUUGAAAAUAGAAGGCAAAGACAAGCUUGUGUACACUUUGCCUGUGGAAAGGACAAAUACAUUUCCAGAUCUUUUCAGUGAUCUUGAUAAGGGUACCUGCCAGGGUGUGGUGAAUUAUGACAUUUCCACAUCAACUCUGAAUGAAGUCUUCAUGAAACUGGAAGGAAAAUCAACUACUGAACACGAUUUUAAACAAGCAGAGAUGAUAAGAGACCCAGAAGGCCUGCAGGAGGCGGAGCUGGCUCCCUCUUCUCUCCCUGAAAUGCAACCCACUGUGAGUGACUUGGGCCUCUGGAGAAUGCAGGUCUGUGCAAUAGCCCGGCUCCGUUUCUUAAAGUUAAAACAUGGAAAGAAAGCGCUUUUUACCCUGCUAUUGGUAUUUGGAAUUGCAACAUUCCCUUUGAUUGUGGAAAAGAUACUUAGUGCCGUACUCAUUCAAAAGAGUGACUGGGAAUUUAAACCUGACUUGUAUUUCCUGUCUCCUGGACAACUUUCCCAAGACCCUCGUACCAGCCUGUUGAUCAUCAAUAACACAGAAUCAAAUAUUGAAGAUUUUAUACAGUCAGUGAAGCAUCAAAAUAUACUUUUGGAAGUAGAUGACUUUGAAAAUAGAAAUGGUACAGAUGACCCAUCAUACAAUGGAGCUAUCAUAGUUUCUGGUAAGCAAAAGGAUUAUAGAUUUUCAGUUGUGUGUAAUACCAAGAGAGUGCAUUGUUUUCCUAUUCUUAUGAAUAUUAUCAGCAAUGCGCUACUUCAAAUGUUUAAUUGUACACAACACAUCCGAAUCGAAAGAGGAGUAUUUCCUUUUAAUUAUAUAUAUUUCUCGAUUGGGCUGCAGGAAGGCUCCAUCUUCUUAUUCUUGGUCGUGUGCAGUAUGCCUCCCUACAUCGCCAUGGGCAGCAUCAGCGAUCACAAAAAAAGAGCUAAGUCCCAGCUGUGGAUUUCAGGCCUCUAUACUUCCGCCUACUGGCUUGGGCAAGCACUGGUGGAUAUUAACCUCUUCGCUUUUAUUAUUUUUUCAAUGUAUUUAAUUUUCUACAUAGCAAACAGAGCACACACUUACGUCACAAGUCGAAUGGUGUUCGCUUUGGUCGUAGUGACGUUCGGUUAUGCAGCAUCUCUGGUUUUCUUGACGUAUGUGAUAUCAUUUAUUUUUCGCAAGAGGAGAAAAUAUUGUAGCCUUUGGUCAUUUUGCUUCUAUAUUACCACCACCAUCAUGCUUGAGAUCACAGUACAUCACCGUGACUUACAGACCAUGUUUUCUGGCAUGAUAUUUGUUCCCUCUUCUACCUUGGCUGGAUUUCUAACUUUUUUGGCAUGGAGAAUCCACAGCUCCGCAAAAUACGAAGACCCAAAUUACGACCUGAGAGAAGCUGACUUUCUAGUGUGCCUGAUACCUUACUUCCAGGCUUUGCUGUUUCUUUUUGUUCUAAGAUGCAUGGAAACAAAGUAUGGAAAGAAUAUAAUGCGGAAGGAUCCUAUUUUCAGAAUUUCCCCCCAAAGUAGAGAUGCUCGAGCAAACCCAGAAGAACCUGUCGAUGAAGAUGAAGAUGUCCAGGCAGAGAGAAUCAGAGCAGCGACAGCGCUGGCCACGGCGAGCUCCGAGGAGAAACCUGUUAUAAUCGCUAGCUGCCUACACAAAGAAUAUGCAGGCCCGAAGAAAACUUGCUUUUCAAAGAGGAAGAAGAAAAUAGCACCAAGAAAUAUCUCCUUCUGUGUUAAAAAAGGUGAAAUUUUGGGAUUGCUGGGACCCAAUGGUGCUGGUAAAACUUCAUCUAUUAGAAUGAUAUCUGGGCUCAUGAAGCCAACGGCUGGAAAGGUGGAACUGAAAGGAUGUGGUUCAGUUGGGGAUCAUCAAGGGGACGGCGUGAUCAGGUUCCUGGGCUACUGUCCUCAGGAGAACGCGCUGUGGCCCCGCCUGACAGUGAGGGAACAUUUGGAGGUGUUUGCCGCCGUGAAGGGGAUGAGGAAGGCGGACACCACUAUCACCAUCUCAAGAUUGGUGGAUGCUUUCAAACUGUGUGAACAGUUGAAUGUUCCAGUACAGAAACUAACAGCAGGAGCCAAAAGAAAGCUGUGUGUUAUGCUGAGCAUCCUGGGAAAUUCACCUAUCCUGCUUCUGGAUGAACCGUCUUCAGGCAUGGAUCCAACCGGGCAGCAGCAGAUGUGGAAGAUGAUCCAGGCAGCCAUUAAAAACACAGAGAAGGGGGCGAUCCUGAUCACCCAUUACCUGGCCGAGGCCGAGGCCGUUUGUGACCGUGUUGCCAUCUUGGUGUCCGGAAGGCUGAGGUGCAUCGGCUCCAUCCAACAUCUGAAAAGCAAACUUGGUGAAGAUUACAUUCUAGAACUAAAAGUGAAGGACCCUUCUCAAGUGCCUUUGGUCCAUGCUGAGAUUCUGAAGCUUUUUCCACAGGCUGCACAGCAGGAGAGGUAUUCCUCCUUCAUGGCCUAUAAACUCCCUGUGGUGGAUGUUCGCCCUGUCUCUCUGGCCUUUCACAAAUUAGAGGCAGUGAAACAAAACUUUAACCUGGAAGAAUAUAGCCUCUCUCAGUGCACAUUGGAAAAGGUAUUCUUAGAACUUUCUAAAGAGCAAGAGCUGGGAAACCUUGAUGAAGAAGUUGAUACAUCCAUGAGAUGGAAACUCCUCCCUCAUUCAGACGGCCCUUAAAACCUCAACCUAUUCACUUUUUGUCAAUGCCAAUGUGUAUAAUUUUAAAAAUCAUUGAUAUCAAUAUUAGUAAUAUUUCAUAUGUUUAGUUAAUAAACAAAUAAAUUGUACAAUGAUGCUUCCCCUUAAAUUUAAGGAUGAUAGAAAAUCUGUGAUAAAGUCAAUACAAAGUAUUAAAAAAUCAUCUAAAGAACCAGGCACAGGGUAUUGUGGAAAUAAAACCACAAGCUCAGAAGGUUUUUGAAAUAGAAAUUUUUGGAAAUACGACAUUUAGUAAAAAAAUGUUCUUGCUGAAAUAUGUAAGGGAGGCUGCAUGAUUGCAUGUACCAGUUUGUGAGAGCUCAGAUUUAUGAGUUCCCUUUAUAUACAAGUACCACCCGAGGAGUCUUUCCCUGAAACUUUGUCAGAAAUUGCCUUGAAAUUCAGAGUGAGCAGUCCCUUGGACUCACAUAUUAACAAGCACAUGUUUUGGGAAAGCAGCUUAAAUGUACCUUUUGAAAACAAGGGGAGUUGCAGCAGCAUUUGUUCAUAUUUUUAAAAUUUUGAAUAUGUUCUAUUAAGUUGUUAUGGUGGUGGGGGUGUGCUGAUUUCCCUCAGCGCCUCAUCAGUAGCUUUCUGUGUCUUUACUGCUAUUUUAAGGUUGCUUCCCUUUUAUAUACAUAUGUGUACCUGUGUGUAUCUCUCUACAUACAUGUGCACUUAUCUUUUGUAUUACUCAAUUUAAAAAUAUCAGCUUUACAUGUUAUUUUAUAUUUUUCCUUAGACAAGAGCUAUCUCAUUCUGAAUAUCGCCAGAAAAUUUUUGAAGACCAAGCAAUAUUUCAGAUGCUUCUUUUUUUUUGGUGAUAUGUCGAGUAACUUAAAUUGCUGUUAUGCUCACUGAAGAAAAUUUGUAUAAUGGAGAAAAAUGUGGAAACUGAUAAAAUUGAAUAAAAGAAUCACCAUAAUUUCUCUAUACCAAAAAAAUUUUCAAUUAUUUCCUUUUCUCUUUAGUUCAUUUCUUACUUAGUUGGAAUCAUUUUAGUACAUAUAGUUUCCUAAUUAGAUGUAUAUGCAUAUUUGCAGAUAUAACAUCAAGAUUGUUUUAAUUGACUUUUAAAUUUAUGGUGAGGUUGCAGCUUUGUGAAUUUGCAUUUUAUUUUGUGUUAAUUAUUUGUAUUCUUUAUUUUUGUACUUUCAUGUUCUUAUCCAUUUUACAAGCUUUUUAUAUAAUUAAAUAUUUUAUCUGUAUAUUUUAUGUACACCAUGAUUAUAUCAGGAGCAUUGUAUUUCUAUAUCUGUGAUUGAUGAUCUAGAGUUUACUCUUUAUUCAGGAGCCUUCAGUGACCUAUAAAAUUAAUUCAUAUUA